CGUAAUAGAAAAUAGAACUUUGAAAUCGAAGAUAUCAGAAUAGAGAGUCAGCUAUAUAUAUUGUAGACUGUUCCGAGCUAUAAACGAAGCCAGCAAUUAAAUUCAACUCACGAAACGCUUCUUCUUUAUUAUUACGAUAUAGGUACUCUUUUAAGCGUUUAAGCAGUCAACUUCAGAUAAAAUCGGAAAAAUUAUCCACAAUUCUUUUUUGCGGUUCUAUUUAAACAACUAUAAAUACUAAAAUAGCGACAGGGAACACAUGGCUGCUGAUUUUGCCGAUGAGGAAUCUGUUAGAGAGGAUGAGAACGAUUACGAUGUUAUAAUUAUAGGAGCAGGUUUAGCUGGUCUUACGUGCGCAUAUAACAUUCUGAGCAAAGAAACUGGGUUAGAUGUAUUAGUCAUCGAAGCAAAUAGUAAAUAUUUUUCUGUAAGGGACCUCAACAACGUCUCAGCACUUUGGUUUUUCGUUAUGCUGAACGGAGCAUCAGGUUUUUUAAAUCGAUUGAAAAUUAUGAUAGGUGAUAGUAAUCGAUAUUUCGUGCAAGAUGGUAUGUGUAAGAUUACGCAUAUACUAUUAAAGAAUAUUUUACGACAGCAUGGAAAGAUAAGAUACGUAGAGCCAGUUAGUAAAAUUACAUUCAACGAUGAUCGAGCUUAUGUGUCUACGACAAGGAAUUACUUCAGAUGCGAAUUCGUAGUUAUUGCGAUACCUCCAUCAAUGCAGAACAGUAUCGUUAUCGAACCACCUCUCUCUUCAAUAAAUAUCGAAACAUUGUACACACCGGCAGAAAAUGUGUUUUUCAAUGUGUUUUAUAAAAAACCAUUUUGGAGAUCCAAUUCUGCAAAGGAUAUUAUCAGCACUUGGGAUUCUAGUAACAAUUUAAACAUCGUUUACGAUGCAACUCUAGGCAACACGGAAGGAAUUGUGUUCGCUGGGUUUCUUGCCGAACCUAACCUCGAACAAACACAUAAGAGAGGACUGUUUGACACGUUAGAAGAUUGUUACGAAACUGUCGAAGCAUCGAGAUUUUUACGAUACAAAGAACACGAUCAGUCAUUGAUAAAUGAUGAAAUGAAACCUGGUUGCCCUAUGAGUGUCCUGAAGCCCAUUCCCAUUCAGGAUUAUAUUAAUCAUACAGAAGCUUCUUACGAAAGAAUUUUCUUUGCUUCGAGCGAAUACGCUAUCAAUUGGCCUGGAACGAUAGAUGGUGCAAUCCAAGCUGGUGAAACCCCAAGCACUUUCUUCUCGUGA